AUGUGCUAAAAGGCCCGAUGAGGCGUAUAUAAGGAGGCGACAGGAAGUCCACAAGCAGCACUCUGCCUCAGAUGUGAAGAGGUUCAAACAAACCUACACUUUUAUCAUGGAGGACACAGCCACCAAGUCUACAGUCAUGAAGGAUGAGACCCAGAAGUGCCGUGACGCUCUCUCGGACCCUCCAGGUUACGGCUGGCAGCCCAGUCUGCUCUACAACCAGCACUUCGGCCUUCCUCCUUUCCUUGACUUCAGAGAUCUGAGCUGGAUGGAGAGCGUUUUUAGGAAGCUACGGACCUCCUCGUGGCCCGGAUACACCCAAGCAUCUGGAUUUGCCCCGAAGAUCCACAGAGAGGUGGGCGGAGGUGUUUCCGAGGUGGCGGCCCGGCAGAGCAGAUGGACCGUGAGUCUGGACGUGAAUCAUUUCGCUCCGUCUGAGGUUACGGUGAGAACGCACGGUGGCUUCCUAGAAAUUGAAGGAAAACAUGACGAGAGACAAGACGAACAUGGCUACAUCUCAAGAUGUUUCCUCAGGAAAUACAAGCUUCCUGCUGGAAUCGAAGCGGAGAGUAUACGCUCCUUCGUGACUGGAGAUGGAGUUCUUACCAUUGAAGCUAUGUUACCCAACAUUGCACCACCGGCUGAUGUCACAAUCCCGGUCCAGGUGGAGAUAGAGGCACCGGGUUUGGAAGACCAAAAGCAAGACGCGGUCGUUCCUCCUCCUGCAGAAAAGCCCGAAGGCGACACUGUAGGCGCUGAUGAGAGGAUUCAUCACACAAACGGGCAACCUGACGCUCCGGAACGUGUGGAGAGAGCAGAGGAAGCCAUCACGAGCCAGCAAGAUGGAGAAAGGAGGGAGGAAGAGAUUGUAGAUGUUGCUGAUUCAGCUGGAGCCACAGAGGAGGUGCUGGAUUCAAAACCCGAGGCUUCCGAAGCUCCAGACACGGUGACAUCUGAGAGGGAAUCUGAGAUCCAGGGAAAGGAAGCAGAGGUGGAAGGAGAUCUGCCGAGCGCUGAGGGUGAGGGAGAACCUCCCGUCUCUGAGAGAACUCAGGAGGAGAUCCCGUCUAAGCUGGACGUCAAGGACAAACAGGCUGUGGAGGAAGUGGAGCAAAUCAAGUAGACGAAGACGACCGCUCGGAGAGAUUGAUAAAAGUCCGCCGCUCAUCCUUAAUUCAGCCGAUUCAUUAAUCAGCGUUACCCGAGAGGCAGUUUGCUGUAACACGUAACUUUGACGCGCUAAUAAAAACCAGAGCACCCGAAUGUGUGAUUCCUUUAUUUUUUUUUAUUCCUG